AGGUUCCGAGAACGAGGAUAUUUUCUUUUUGCUUCCAAAACUAAUGGCGGCUUAAAUUUUUCACCUUUCACAUUCCAAACUCAAAGUUUCACCGAGUUCUGUUUGUAAUUUUUACAUGGUUGUAUAAAAAUGGCUGCGCCAGUUGUUACAAAGCGUAUUCAAAAAGAGCGAGAUUAUGAUAAUAUUAUCAUUUCUCUCGAAAAUUGCAUCCUUCCGUCUGAAAACCUGGAUGAAACACCGUCGAUGAAAGAUGGUUUAGAUCGAGAUACAGAGAAUGAAUUAAGAAUAUUUGGGUGUGAAUUAAUACAAACAGCUGGACUGUUACUAAGAUUACCGCAGGUUGCUAUGGCUACUGGUCAAGUUUUACUACAACGUUUUUAUUAUACAAAAUCAUUGGUUAAACACGAGGUUGAGGUUAGUGCAAUGGCUGCCAUAUUCUUAGCUGCUAAAAUAGAAGAAAGUCCUCGCAGGAUCAGGGACGUGAUAAAUGUAUAUGAACAUGUGAAACAAAAUAUGUUAAAAAAACCAUGCGUACCAAUGGAUUUUUUGGGCAACCACUACUAUAAUUUAAAGAACGCUGUAAUAAAAGCAGAAAGAAUAAUACUAAAGGUACUUGGGUUUUGUGUUCACGUAAAACAUCCACACAAGAUUAUUAUAACUUACUUGCAAAUAUUGGAUCUUGAAAAGAAUGCGAAUUUAGCAAGAACAGCAUGGAAUUAUAUGAACGACGGUCUGCGAACUGAUGUUUUCGUUCGUUUUUCUCCAGAUAUAAUCGCAUGUGCUUGUAUUUUUCUAGCUGCAAGAACAAUCAAAAUAAACUUGCCACUGAGACCACCUUGGUGGCAAUUAUUUGAUGCUCCUUACGAAGAUAUUGAAGAUAUUGCGUUAUCGAUACUCAGACUGUAUUCCAAACCUAAGGUUGAUAUAACCCGGCUGGAAGCCCAAGUAAAUAAAAUUAGAAAGGCAAAAGAACAAGAGAAAAAAUCAUCAGAAGCCAAAGAAUCAGAGAGCACUGAAGGUUCAUUUACACCCUCGCAUAACAUAUCAACCAACGAACCGGCACCGAAUGCAGUAAACAAUAACAAUUCGUCAAAACCAUCCAGUAAGACAAACUCGCCGACAGAAAAAACUACUGAGAAACGUGCAGUUUUAAGUUCGGUUAUCAGUUCUAAAAAAGACGACAGUAAUGAUCGAAAACGGGAAUCUUAUAAAUACAAUCGUCGUCGUGAAAGGUCGGAAAGUGAAGAAUCUUCUGACUACUCUUCCGACUCCGAAGCGGAAUUACCUUCAAAAAAAUACACACAACAACGAAAGCAAUACGAAAAAAAGAAACGCUCGCCAAGUUCUGAUUCCGGCAACGACAGACGUGCCGUCGUGCCGUCAAAAAUUCGACGAGCCGCCAGUCCGAUUGAUAAUUACCGAAAAAGUAAGUCGUCACGUGAUAAAAGUAGCUAUAAAGAAAGCAAUGGACAUUAUAAUAAGAGUUCGUACACAAAAUCGAAACGAAGAAGUCGAUCUCGUUCACCCGUAAAACAUGGCAGAUCACCGAGCCCUUCUCGUAAAGAUAAAUAUUUAAAAAGCAGAGCCAAAGAAAAGAUUCGAUCCAAAGAUAAAAACGGAAGCAGUAAAAUACGAAGGUGACAUAUAAAGCAGCUUUCGUUUUACACAUAAAUUGUCAAAGUCUUUUCACUCCUGCAUAAAUCUCUCUUUCUUUCUUAAAGGAAAAACAGUUCUCGAAGCUUCGCCAGUAUUCUUCUUAUAAUUCUUUUGUAUGUUAUCUUUUCUUGCAUUGCACACAACUCUUGUGUACUGUAAACUUCAUAUUUGUUUGUGUUCAUGUAAUCAUUGCUGAACAUUUUAUAAUUUUAAAGUUAUGUUGAAGCUAAGGUGUAUUUAUCGAAAUAAACCAUUUUUUAAAA